UAAUAGAACUAUCUACACGAUAAAGGUUAACUUAAUAGCUAUGAAAUUAAACAAACCGAAGGCUGGUGCUAGAACACACAUGAAGGCAUACGUAUGCAUAACUCGGAAUCAUCAGACAGGUGAGUUUGUAGUCAGUACGAAAAUUAUCAAUAGUUGGUUAAUUCUCGUAAUUUUACUGAAACUAAUUUAUAGUUACGGUCCAAAAUGAAACCAUUAUGUGACGCCUAUUGCUUAACCGUGCACGAGGCAUUGAUUUGAAAUCGCAAAACAUUUACAAAACUGAUUAUCAGGCCUAUCAAAGCUAUAUAAAGCCAUUCAUGGCUUAUGAAGUAUAUCUUAUGUAGGCUAUACGAGUGACUGCCCUCCGUUUCAAUGACUGACUUCUGAAUGUUCAGCCUACGACUUGUCUGUGAAAAAUAGAUCUGUUAAAACGGUUCUGAACUUAAACAGGAACUGGCCAGUGAAACCAAGAACAACGGGAACGCAUCUCUUGAACUAACUUCUUGAAUUCCACAGCUGAAUGUUUAAAUUAUAUUAUAUUUAUAUUAUUAGUUUUGUACAUGUGAUGCUUGCAUUUGAUUUUUUGCAUUAGGCUCCCAAUAAUGUCCACAUAUGCAAUCAAUAUUUUAAAUCCUCAUAAACAUGUAUAGUUCACGAAUGCGAUUUAUUUCUAAUGUGUAAAAAUGUGGACUGCGUGAAAAACACUGAGUAUGAAUACCGCUCUAUGGGGUAUAUAAAUGAGCGCGCAACGGAGACUGGUGACGCACACAGUCCGUCCUGUGAAUUCCGAACUCCUAUCUCUCCGCGCACAGAGUAGGUUGUGAGCAGGGCAGAGGAAGCAGGUACCAACUCAGAAAACUCAUCCCCGAAGACCGCAGUGGCUUCACUUGACAUAACAUCAGAAGCUACCCCGAAUCAAAAUCAUUCGUUUUCACAGAAAAUUCGGAGCACCCUUGUGUAUAUUGAAUCCGAAGCGGUUACUGCGUUGUUUCUUUCUGCCAAGAAGUUGUGAAUUGCGCUGUUUGUUAAAGUGUUAUGUUUGUCUAUGGAAUCGGAUUUCACAAAACGGACACUAAUAUCGACGGUGAUGCCGACUGAAAAUUAUUCUAAUCGCCUGUUCAGUUAGACUCCUGCAUUCCGCGGUUUAAUAAGCAUCUGCUGGGCUGAAAUUCAAGCAGUAGUUCAAAGUGUUGAGAAACCCACUUUGGCGGUUUAGUGGGUUGUGCCAUGGCAGGUGCGCUGCUGCUUUGCGCCCUUUUCUUGCCUUUCCCGCAGACUAGCGGCCAGGACAGCUGUCACGAGGUGCGGUCGUCCUUCCAGCUUCUGCACCCCGGCGUCAAGUGGGCUCCCGAGAGUCCUGUGUCAGGUGUAGACCUGCAGGUGUGUCAGCCCAAAGGCCUGACCUGCUGCUCGCGGAAGAUGGAGGAGCGAUACCAGGUAGUGGCUCGGCAGAACAUGGAGUCCAGUCUCCAGGCCUCCAGUGCCCGGCUCAAACUUCUCAUCAUUCAGAAUGCAGCGCUCUUCCAAGAGGCCUUUGAGAUGGUACUGCGUCACGGGCGGAACGCCACCCUCCAGAUGCUGCGGGACGAUUUCUCUCCCCUGAGGGGCGGGGCCAACGGGGCGGUGGGCCAGCUCUUCCUGGACGUCUCGCUCUACAUACUGGGCUCGGACUCCCGGGUGGACAACAUCGUGGCCUCCUUCUUCGACCGGCUCUUCCCGCUGGCUUACCGCCGGCUCCUCGGCGGGGGGGCGGGGGCGGCGGUCUCGGAGGACUGCCUGCGCGGGGCCUGGAGGGACGCGGGGGCCUUCGGCCCGUACCCCAAGAUGAUGAUGACGCGGCUGUCGCGCUCGCUGCUGGCCACGCGCGUCUUCCUGCAGGCGCUCAACCUGGGCAUCGAGGUGGUGAACACCACGGACCACCUGCGGCCCGGGCGCGACUGCGGCCGCGCCCUCCUGCGGCUCUGGCACUGCCCGCGCUGCCUGGGCCUGCUGGCCGCCCGGCCCUGCCGCGGCUUCUGCCUGUCCGUCAUGCGGGGGUGCCUCGGGGGGGCCGGCGAGGUGCAGCCCCACUGGCGGGGGUACGUGGAGGGGCUGGGGACGCUGGCGGGGGCCAUGCGGGGGGAGCAGGACGUGGAGGCGGUGGUGAUGCGCCUGCACGCGCUCGUGCGAUUGGCUCUCCACCACGCCCUCACCACCCGGAACCGCCUGAAGGCUGUGGUGAGCAACACGUGCUCUUACUCUCCUCCUAAGCGCGUCUCUCGUUCUGCCACCGUUCGUCUGAACCUCGCCCCCCCAGCCGCUGAGCCCCGCCCAGCCUUGCAGCCUGUGCCCUUUGACCCGGAAGAGACUCUGGCUGGUCGGCGCAGGGAGUUUAUUGCCAGCCUGAAGGGCUUCAGCACUUUCUACAGUGGCCUUGGGGAGGCGCUGUGCAACCAAGAAUCAGCCGUGCUCAACGACUCCCUCUGCUGGAAUGGACAGGAAGUGACAGACAGGUUCCUAGGUACUGGACCGAAGCGGACCCAGCCACACGGUCCAGAGUCCAAACACAAGGCACCUGAGCCCGUCAUCAGCCAGAUCAUCGACAAACUGAAGCACAUCAACCAGUCCAUAGGUUCCAGAAUCCUGGGACAGCCGGUGCUGCACAUGCCCAGACAUGCCCCCGGGAGAAGUCUCUGGCUUUGAUCGGAGCAGCGUCGAGGAAAUAAAAGGUCCCCCUCUAGCGUGCCUGCAUCCUGCUUCCCCGCAGACAGGGGGCGUCCUCUGACUCGUGGGUCAUGCGCCCAGCCUGCAGCCGGGGGCAGCGCUGCGCUGCGCUGCGGAGCGAGCGUCAGACCGCAGCCUGCGUGUGCGGUCAUCGGUGGAGUUUCCCCCUCGGGCCUUUCCCAUGCCCUCGCGCACGCUCUCCACAUCCUCCGCGACUCCGCGGUUCACUCCGCGGGCUCUCUGUCUGUCCGCACGGGUCCCCCCGCGCUCGUCCGCCUCUCCUCUGUCGCCUAAUCGCUUUUUACGCUGCGGUUUUGGCUGACGGACUGGGGGGAAGAGGAAAGAAGCAUUUGAGAGAAGCCAUUCGGGCUCAGAACUCACAGCGUAUGAUUUGGAUGGCCCGUGUGACAGGCUAUUGGUUGGUACGCUGUAGGUUAUCCAAUGACAGGUCUCCUUUAAUGAAGGGUAAUCUAAAACAAAUAGCAAAAUGUGGCUUGACUGGAACUGGGCGGCGUAUUGCUCCCGUUCCACAGGGCUGCAUUCUUUCCUGCGCUGCGAAGUUGAACGCUGCAGGAUCGGACUGUGUGGAGUGCCAUGCUCCUGGUUCAUGUGCUUCUGUUUAGUCUGGUGUGGAUAGGGGUACGUCACUCACUGUGUUUUCGCUGUGGGAUUCCCCACCUGCUCCCUGUGUUUUAUUUAAGAGGAUGAGGCGAACUGCGUGUUUGCUGUGGUCAUGUAGCCACAGUGACAGCGUAUCCCAUUUUCAGCAACGGCGUCCAAUGCGGUCCGGGAAUCACCUGAAUCCAAAGUCUUUAUGCGGUUGACGCAUUAUUUUCUUUUUUUGGUACCUUCAUUUAAGGACACGAGAGGUCAAUUGCAUCCACAUGUUUUCACUUUGUGUUCCUGGUUUCUCCAAACAUGUUAUUUUUGUCCGUUUCCGCUACGCUGUCCUCAUCCUUCCCCUCUCCGUUUUUUCACGAGCUGAGAUUCCCGGACUGCAUAGCUGAGGUUUCUACUCUUUUGUGGUUGUUUUUUUUCCGGUAUGCCCUUGCUCUCUAUGUUGGUGCCCUGAAUGCAAGGACAGUUUUGGCACAAACAUGUUGAUGGCCACCGAAGAAUGAGGAGCCUAGUAGUGGAGCAGGCGGGAGAACCUUCUCGAUAGUAUCUUCUGUCCUGCAGAUGCUCCUCCUGACGGAGACAGAACAGAUAUUCAACAAAACUUUUCGUAAUUUAUUUUUGGUUUUGUAUACCUCUUUGUAUACCACCACAUUACUUUGUCUUCGUGGUGACCGUGAUUGCCUUCGAAGUUUGUCUGGCUGGUGGGCUGGACCCCAGUUCACACUGCCUGGCAAGGAUGGCCAGGAGGGAAUCUCAACAGCACUGAGGAAACCACCAAGGCCUCUGACACAGAUGUCAUUUCUCUUAAAAAUAUUUUUUUACUUCAUUUAAACUUAAACCUUUAACAGACCAUAAACUUGAGGAAAUGUUAAUGUUUAUCCUUCAGUUUGAGUGUGGAGAGGCAUAACUUCUGAGUGACAUAAUUAUUUUACUUUGUGCAUCCACCAGGUGGCACUGCUUGAAACAUGCAUUUACAUUCAUUUGAUUGGUUCCAUGUAUCAUGUAUAAUUGUCCCCAGUCCAUUUAGUGUUAGCCUGAUAAUGACUCAAUUUGGAAAUGCCAUUGUUCUGUGUAUAUAUCCGAUCUUUCCUGUUCUUUGUGUCCCAAUCAUUUUAAUGGAAAUUUAACAGUUUGAUUUUUAUUUGCAAUGUUUGCGUGAGGGAAGUGGUUAACCAUGAACAAUUAUGAAAAACAAAGUAUGUAGCAAUCAUAGUGCUUAAUCAGAUGACUAUAUAAACAGCUCUAGUUGAAGGAAUUUGUCUCUCCCCGCCCACUCAUUUCUUUCCGUGGAAUUUCGAACUCUGAACAUUUUUUCACUUGACAUGCAAACAAAAAUAAAAAUAUUUAUGGAAUCAGAAUGUACACUGGCUGUUGCUCAAGUCAAAAUAGCUUGAUGUGAUUUUGUUAUGGAAUACAGUGCAUUUCACAGGAGUAAAAAGUCAGGAUGUUUAUUUGGGACUCACAUAUAUAAAUAUCCUAAAAAACAGAAUUGUAGCAGACCUCAGUAAUAUGCACAUAUGUGUUCGGUGUUAUCAGACACAUGUGAGGCCCAGACUGUGUUGUCUUCAUACACUGAGGGUUAAGUCCAUUCAUGUAUUCUUCUCAUGGGAAAUGCAUUUACUUGCAUUAAAAUAGACAAGAUCUCCAAGGCACUCCUCUCUGAGGAAGCACAUGUUAAAAAGAAUUGUGAAUCGCUACAAGAAAAAAAACAUCUAAAACCAAGAACACGAGGCCUGUCCUUUCUGUUUUGAACAUGACUGUGUUUUCCAGAAAGCACAAUUGCCUGCAUAAUUUUGCAUUGAAGAACCCUUCGAGCCCUCUGGAUAUCUGCUGUUGAAUUCACUUGA